CCCCACCCCCUUACCUCAGGCGCGAGCGUCCCUCCUACUUAACUGGAAAUUGGCUAGUUGGAGGCGGAGCCGGUGGCGUGAAGCAUCACGGGCCUGUGACGGUAGCCGCGGACCCUUUGAGCGGAGACUAUGGAGGUACAGGAGGAGGACCCAAAGGGAGAGGAGGAGGAGGAGGAGAAGUCUGAGAAGAUUGCUUCAUGGUUGAAAAAGAUUUUUGGUGAUCAGCCCAUUCCGAAAUAUGAAAUGAAUCCACGGACCACAGAUAUCUUGUAUCAUCUUUCAGAAUGUAACAGAGUACGAGACAGGGAUACCUCCUUGGUAAUAGAAGACUUGAAACAGAAGGCAAGAGAAUAUGAAUCAGAAGCCAGAUAUCUCCAAGAUCUUCUCUUGGAAAGUGUCAAUCUGUCCUUCACCAGUCUCUCUAGUAUCGGAAGCAGCUAUCUUAAUGCUUUGGUUGACAUUGCACUAGUGCUUGAAACAAAGGAUACCUCCCUAGCUAGUUUUAUCCCUGCAGUGAACAGUUUGACUGCUGAUCUUUUUCGUACCAAGAGCAGAAAUGAAGAAAUGGAGCAUGAAUUAAGCAAACUGGGAAAAAAUCUAACUGCAACUCUAAUGCUAGAAAAAUGUCUAAGAGAGGACCUCAAGAAGGCAGAGCUGCAUCUUUCCAUGGAAAAAGCCAAAGUUGAUAGUCGAAUUUCAAAUAUGGAUUUUCUAAAAGCCAAAUCUGAUGACCUCAGAUUAAGAAUCAAGAUUGCAGAGGAGCAACUUUCAGCUCGAGGGAUGGAUGCUUCUCUCUCUCAUCAAUCAUUAUUGACACUUUCAGAGAGGUGCAAGACUAUGGAAACAUUGUAUAUACUGUCAGACUCCAUGGAAGUGUUGAAACUGGCUGAACUCAAACAACAGACUGCACCUUUGAAGAAGAGAUUGGAAUCUUAUUUAGACUUAAUGCCGAAUCCUUCUCUUGCUCAAGUGAAAAUUGAAGAAGCCAAGCGAGAACUGAAUUCUGUGGAUGCUGAGCUCACAAUGAAGGUGGACAUGAUGGAAUUGUUACCAGAUCAAAGUAGGAUUUCAAGGACAGUAUUUUCUGAAGACUAGCCUGAGUACAGACAAGGCUUAUUACUAAUAACUCAAGCAAGAAGAUGAUUAUUGUGGGGCAAGAGAACUGAUCAAGGUAAACCUCUUCCCAUAACCUAGCCAAUGAAUUUAUAGAAAUUAAGGGGUAGUUAAAGGAGAUAUAAUGUUAACUUCCCUAAUGAAAUAAAAAGAAGUUAAAUCAAACUUGAUGGAAUUAGUAAGGAGCUAAUGAUUGGCCUUUAUAGUGUGUAUAAAAAUAUAUGUGUGUUUGUGUGUGUAUGUAUAUAUUUUAAACUUACCUUCCGUCUUAGAAUCAAUACUUGGUAUUGGUUCCAAGGCAGAAGGGCAGUAAGGACUAGGCAGUGGAGGUUAAGUGACUUGCCCAGGGUGACUCAGCUGGUAAGUAUCUGAGGCUAGAUUUGCAUCCAGGAUCUCAUGUCUCUAGGCCUUGCUCACUGAGCCACCCAGCUGCCCCCACCUCCCCCAUAGUAUUUUUAAAAGGAAGUCAUUAGGGAGUUGGUCAGGGCAUGAGACUUAAGCAGCUGUGUAAGAUGAGAGAGUUAAUCCUGGUCAUCAGCAGUUCUGCAGAGAGGACCAGGAGCUAACUACCUGUCCAUCAUAAGCAAGGACAUCCCCAAAAGAGAAAGGACCGCAGGACUUUACAGCAUGGACUUGUUAUUUCCUAAGCAUCUGUGUGGCAGACAUAGUAUCUUUGUAGGAGACUAUGCCCUAGGUUUAAGGGGGAAUGUUCUAUUACUCUUUUAUGCUAUGCUAUUUCAAUAAAUGCCUUUGUAUUUGUAUUCUCUAGUUGACUAUUGAAGAUGAUUAUUGGAAAUGAAGGCAUCUGUUUUUCACUCUUUUAUUUUGUAUUGGGGGGGGGGGUUAUAUGAGUAUUCUCUCACAACACUGACCAAUAUGGAAAUAUAUGUUUUGCAUGAUCAUACAUGUAUAACCCAGAUCAAAUUGCUUACCAGCUUGAGGAAGGAAAGAAAUGAGGGAAACAAUUUGGACCCAAAAUAUAUGUUGAAAAUUAUAAUUACAUAUAAUUAGCAAAAUACAAUAUUUUUUAAAAAGAAAGAAAAUGCAGGCACCUUUGGAAACUUGUGAGCUUUAGUUUUAGGAGUAUAGCUUCCAUAGGAGUACCAGAACGAAGGUUAUUACCUCUUAUGGGAUGCAGCCUGUGAGAGUAAGUUGAGGGGGUGGAGAAGAAAUAGCCAGAAGGGGUGCUAUAAUGGAAUCUCCCAAAAUGAACAAGAUACAAAAUAGCUCUGUUUUGUUUACCUCCCUUUUACUUUUUCAGUGAUAGUGGCUGAAAGGCAGAAAGAGAUACAGUGUCAAAUGUUAAUUUUUAUUUUCUUAGCAUUAACUGUUGAUAAUCUAAAUGUGAGAUAUUUGUCCAGUGGUCAGCGAAUUGGCAUACGCACCUGAAGGAACUGAGUCAUAUAGAUUUUGACAUUCUUUUUCUCAGCAUAAACAGAAAACCAAAAAAGAUGUUGAAGCUAAAUCUAGACAUGACUCACAGAUUCAUUGUGGAGUCAAAUAAAGGAAAUGGUGGAAUCGGUUCCAAUUUGCAUCCAGAAGUAACAAAAAAUAGAAUUUAAGGAGCGUUUGAUCAUCUUAUAUUUAGUAUUCACAAUGGGAAAUUUCAAAGACUUAUCAUAGAGAUCAUAUAGUCAUAGAUACAAAUCCAGUAGUGGUAUUGCUAGGUCAAAAGAUAUGUAUAGUUUUAUAACCCUUGGAACCUAGUUCCAUCUUGCUCUCCAGAAUGUUUGUAUCAGCCAUCUACAGCAUUAUAGUGAUUUGGUGCAUUGUCAGAGACACUUUCUAUCAUUUUCCCCCCCCCAAAAUUUGUUGAUUCCCUUCUAAUCUUGGUUGUGUUUGUUUUAUUUGUAUGUUUUUACUUUCUAAUUUAAUAAAAAUUAUCCAUUGCA